AUGGAAGGAGAAGUUGCAACUCACCACGAGCCAGCAAAGGGGAAGGACAAGGAUCACACUGAAGAGGCGAAACCUAUGAAAGACAAGAAGGAAAAGAAGCCAAAGAAGGAAAAGAAAGAGAAGAACGAGGACAAAGAAAAGGAGAAAGUUAGGGAGAUCACCGACGCUGCCAAGCUGAGGACCAAACUAGAGAAGUUGGAUGCAAAGAUCGAUGACCUAAAGGCCAAGAAGCAAGAGAUUGUGGCUCGACUUUUGGAGCUUGAGGGGACAUCACCAGCCAGUGGUGAAGCAGCUGCACAACUGGUGACUAGCGGGUGA